AUGGACCAUGAAUUAUUUCAAGAAGGAUCAUCAUCCAGUGUUCCACAAGUUUCUGUUAUAUUAACUGUUCGCUUACUUAUGCAAGGAAAGGAAGUAGGAAGUAUUAUUGGUAAACGUGGAGAUCAUAUUAAGUUAAUACGAGAAGAUUCAGGAGCCAAAAUUAAUAUUUCCGAUGGUUCAUGUCCGGAACGUAUUGUUACAAUUACUGGCAAUGUUGAAACCAUUAAUAAAGCUUUUUCAAUGAUCUGCAAUAAAUUUCAGGAGGAUAUGCAAGCAUUACCGAACAGUGUACCCAAACCACCGAUAACUAUGAGGUUAAUUGUUCCGGCAACCCAAUGCGGUAGUCUUAUUGGAAAAGGCGGAUCAAAAAUUAAGGAAAUUCGUGAGGCUACAGGAGCCUCAAUACAGGUGGCAAGCGAAAUGCUACCAAGUUCAACGGAACGUGCAGUAACUAUCUCGGGUACUGCGGAUGCCAUUGUUUUAUGUAUGCAACAAAUAUGCCAUAUUUUAUUAGAGGCUCCACCAAAAGGAACCACCUUACCGUAUCGGCCAAAACCCAGCUUUAAUCCGCUUCUGUUGGCCAGUUCCGCUGCUGCUGCAGCCGCAGCUCAACGUCAGGCUGCUGCUGCAGCUGCACUAUUGCAACCGUUUCCAACCGCCGUAUUCACUUCUUCAGAUCUGGCUAGAUUACAUUCCCAAUAUGCAGCCACCCAGCUUCUACCAGCAGUACCUGUACUGACUCCUAAUCCAGUGUUCGCUGGAGGUAUAAUAGCCCUUCCGACCGAAAGAGAUGCAAUGAAAGACGUUCAAGCCAGUAGAUGGAGUGUCGCUGCCGAUGAGAAACAAGCCGACUUAUUACAAAGCCUAGCAGCUUCUCAACAGUACAUGAUUGGAACCGGUGUCCUCGGCAGAACGAUAUCUGUUGGGGGUGGAACUAAGCAAAGCGGGCCACCGAGUAUUGGACAGACUGCUGCUUCAACACUUCUCCAACAAGCAAAUCCGAGGAGGUAUACACCAUACUAA